CCGCCGUAAGGUGGGUUCCUUUCCAAUGUGUAGCUCUAUUAGCAGUGGAAAAAACGUUUACUUAUCGGUAGACCUAAUAACUGAUGUUAGAACUAUUACGCGCGUCGUAUGAGCCGCGUUCUUGAGUCACGAAGUGCUGGCUAAUGUUAGUUCUAAACAAUGUUCCAGAAUACAAUUGAGGGGUGUAAAUAUGCCACCGGUAACAUUUAUCAGCUACAGAGAGGAUUGGCGAGCAACUGUGUCGGACGCCGAUGCCGCUAAGAACGAUUCAGGUAUAGAUCUGGAUGAAUUCCUCAAGGAAUGCCAAUUGCGCCUAUCAACUGAUACCGCUAUAGCUACACCUAAAAAGCAAUAUGAAUACGUGGUUAGGGGUAUAUUCAAGGACCCUUGUGUCAAGUUCGAUCCUUUGCAGGUUAUGCCUUCGGAAGGAAAAUCGGACAGGUCUGCCGUACUUUUGCACGAUCCUCUCUUUGAGAGCGAUCGCUAUCGCCAGUUUAUAAACACACUCUCUAAUUUAAUGGAAACGCAGCGUUUGGAGGUUUACGAACGCGUGAUAUACACACGGAAAUCAGUAGCGCAGUCUCACACUGCUGUGAACUUUACCAGUAAAGCUGCGACGGAUGACAACACUACGUUGGAGCUGCUCAUACACAAGCCUCCGAGUCCACUUGCUGGUAAAUGUACGCUGGUUGAAUUAGACAGGGACAGAGUCGUGGCAUCGGCUGAAGAUAUGAUCAUACGUACUGUUGGAGGCACUGUGGGCAUCGACAUAGUCUCCGUGCUUCCCAUGGUAAACUUUGAGGUAAAGAAUCGCAUGUUUGUUUGUGGUCACGUAUUUGGGAGCCACUAUGGCACCGCUAUGCAAGCGGAGAUAGCCGUCUUGAGGCAUUACCUCGACUGCAACCCGCAGACACCACUUUCGCCAAACUGCUUCCUUGUAGAAAUCAGGUUCAUGGGAGAGGGUGACAUCGAGAGCUGCAAGGCUCGUUUGCGAGAAUAUACACAGCUACUCUACAACUACGCAGAGUUCUCGUUUGAGUGACCGUAGUACACAUCGCAAACAC